AUGGCAGCACAUCCAGUAUCGCAUAUCUGCUUUGCUCUCAUCAUUACCUUCAUGAUGAUGGGAAUGGUGCACUGCGGCUCUCCUCACCUGCCCGAUGAGCAGCUGCCAACCGAAGAUACGGAGGUUGCGAAACCGCGAGCUCCCUCACCACAAGAGAUUGCUGCAUCGAUGAACACGCAUUGGGACACGUGGGAAGAGGCUGAGGAACAUUGCAAAAAUAUAUGCGAAGCAUCGUGGAUUGCGUGUCGACUGAGGCAAUGCGAAGAUGUGCCAGGAGUGCGAAGACCAGAUGAACUAUGA